AUGGCCACCACGCGAAAACCACCAAACUUGACCGAUUUACCACUUGAGCUAUUGAUUAUGAUAUCGUGCUACUUAUCACCCGUCGAUAUUGCUUGUCUCGCUCUAGGCAAUCAUCAUCUGCGGUGCUGCUUCGUCGUGGAUGCUUUCGAGGUCUUCUCAAAGGGUCGCAGCCUCACGCCAGCUCCCACAGAUGAUGCACGUACUGAGCUCCUAUCUCGGCUUUCUCGCGAUCUACCACAAUACCAUCUCUGUUUCAUCUGCCUUCGACUUCAUUUGUGGAAAGACGUCGGACCUCCAAACUCUGAUACUCCCACACACGAUGCCCACUUAAGUGAUUUGCUUGCUUUUGCAAAUCUUCGUCUUACGUUUGAAAUACAACUGUUUAGCUACCCAUCGCUUAGCUGUUACAUCUUCCAGUUCGUGCAUCUUCAGCUUGCCAUGAGAAGAUUUUACCACGGACCAGAGUUUGGAAUCCCCGUUGAAUCGUUGCUCUACACAGAAGAUACCAUGAUGACGGUAUUCUCCGCCGAAGCUCGUAUCUGCUCCACGCCUCCGGGCUUAUGCAUGCGGACGCAAGAUAUCGGAGUUGUGACUCGACAAAACGCAUCGUGGAUGUGGUCAGACCGUGCAUUAAUGAAUAUCUGCAAACAUAUCAGCACUUUUGACACGAGCCUGUGUGAAAUCUUGACUUCUCAGAUCAAGCGUUAUUGUCCAAUCACCAGUACCUCGGUCCCGGCCGAGCAAGGUCGUUGCGAUAAAUGCAAUACCAGUUGGCAGCUAAAGAUUCGAGACUUCGAUGAGAGGCGUGCAAGUAUCAUCCUUACUCGAUGGAUGGACUUGGGACCGGGUCUAAGUAUCGAAGAUGUGGACUGGAAGUACCGCCAAUUAUGUUCAUUGUCGAGUCCACCAGAACGCACACUAGUGGACUCCCGUCUGCGGUUCGAAAGGGACCCUAUUCGGGCUAGGCUUCCAGGUGCUCUGUCUGAAGAGGGAAUGUACCGGAGAAACGUCGCUUUCCUGCGAGACAAGGCAUAUCGAAAAAUGAUGACUUACGUGGGCGAUGGGAUCUUCACACUGCACGGAGAACCAAAAACAAAGACAGGCUCUUCCCAAUGUAUCAUUCUCUGA